AUGCCUCAGGAAAUCGGAGAUAUCAAGAAGUUCAUCGAGAUCUGCCGGCGCAAGGACGCUUCCGCCGCCCGGAUCAAGAAGAACAAGGCUACUCAGCAGAUCAAGUUCAAGGUCCGCUGCCAGAAGUACCUCUACACCCUUGUUCUCAAGGACUCCGACAAGGCUGAGAAGCUCAAGGCUUCCCUCCCUCCUUCCCUGACCAUCGCCGACGUUGCCAAGCGCAACAAGAAGCAGACUGCUUAA